AUGGAUCAGAAAAUUUUAUCUCUAGCAGCAGAGAAAACAGCAGACAAACUUCAGGAAUUCCUUCAGAACUUGAGAGAAGAUGAUCUAACUAAUCUUGUUCAAAAUCAAGCAGUGAAAGGAAGAGCUGCUGGAGCACUCCUGAGAGGCAUAUUCAGAGGAUCUCCCUGUUCGGAAGAAGCUGGAGCCCUUAGGAGAUGUAAAAUAUACACAUUCUGUAUUCAUUUGGUGGAGUCAGGGGAUUUGCAGAAAGAAGUUGCAUCUGAAAUCAUAGGAUUACUAAUGCUGGAGGCUCACAAUUUCCCAGGACCAUUAUUGGUGGAAUUAGCCACAGAAUUCAUUGAUACUGUCAGAGAGGGCCACUUAGUGAAUGGAAAAUCUUUGGAGCUACUCCCCAUCAUUCUCACUGCCCUUGCCACCAAAAAGGAAAUACUGACUGAUGGAAAAGGUGAAUUGAAUGGGGAAGAAUAUAAAACACAGUUGAUUAAAACCCUCUGUUCUGGCAGGUGGGAUAAGCAGCAUGUGAUCCAGCUCACGUCCAUGUUCAAGGAUGUUCCUCUAACUGUAGAAGAAGUGGAAUUUGUGACAGAAAAGGUGUUAAAGAUGUUCUCCAAAUUAAAUCUUCAAGAAAUACCACCUUUGGUCUACCAGCUUUUGGUUCUUUCCUCAAAGGGAAGCAGAAAAAGAGUUUUGGAAGGAAUCUUAGCCUUCUUCAACGAUCUGGAUAAGAAGCACAGGGAAGACCAGAGUGGAGAUGAGCUGCUGGAUCUUGUUACUGUACCAUCAGGUGAGCUUCGUCAUGUAGAAGGCACCGUUAUUCUACACAUUGUAUUUGCUAUCAAAUUGGACCGAGACCUGGGCAAAGAACUCCUAAAACACUUAAAGACAGGACAGCAGGGAGAUCACAGCAAGAACUUGUACCCCUUCACCAUUGCCCUCUUGCUGUCUGUAACAAGAAUACAGAGAUUUCAGGAACAGGUGUUUGACCUUAUAAAGACUUCAGUUGUGAAGAGCUUUAAGGAUCUUCAGCUUCUCCAAGGCUCAAAAUUUCUUCAGAAUCUAGUCUCUGGUGAUUCUUGUGUUUCAGCUAUGAUCUUGGAAGUGGUAAAAAAUAGUGUUCAUAGUUGGGAUCAUGUUACUCAGGGCCUGGUGGAACUUGGAUUCCUUCUGAUGGAUUCAUAUGGGCCAAAGAAGAUUCUUGAAGGAAAAGCUGUUGAAAUCAGCUUAGGUCUUUCUAGAAUGCCAGUCCAUCAAGCAUGUAAACUAGGAGCUGAUAUUUUGUUGGAAACCUUUAAGAUUCAUGAGAUGAUCAGACAAGAAAUUCUGGAGCAAGUCUUCAACAGGGUUAUUACCAAGACAUCCUCUCCCAUCAGUCAUUUCUUAGAUCUGCUUUCAAGUAUCAUCAUGUAUGCACCCUUAGUUCUUCAGAGUUGUUCUUCUAAAAUCACAGAAACCUUUGACUAUUUGUCUUUUCUGCCCCUUCAGACUGUGCAAGGACUGCUAAAGGCAGUGCAGCCCCUUCUCAAAAUCAGCAUGUCAAUGAGAGACUCCCUGAUACUUGUCCUUCGCAAAGCUAUGUUUGCCAGCCAGCUUGAUGCCCGGAAAUCUGCAGUUGCUGGGUUUUUACUGCUCCUGAAGAACUUUAAAGUCUUGGGCAGCCUGUCGUCCUCUCAGUGCAGUCAGUCCAUUGGGGCCAGUCAGGUCCAGGUGGAUGUUCAUAGCCGUUACAAUGCUGUUGCCAAUGAAACAUUCUGCCUUGAGAUCAUGGAUAGUUUGAGGAGGUGCUUAGGGCAGCAGGCUGAUGUUCGAAUCAUGCUUUAUGAGGGGUUCUAUGAUGUCCUACGAAGGAACUCUCAGCUGGCGAAUUCAGUCAUGCAGACUCUGCUGUCACAGUUGAAACAGUUCUAUGAGCCCAAGCCUGAUCUCCUGCCUCCUCUGAAAUUCGAAGCAUGUAUUGUGACCCAAGGAGACCAGACCUUUGUCCAAGAACCUCUGGCUCGUCUGCUGUGCUGUAUCCAGCACUGUUUGGCCUGGUAUAAGAGUAAAGUGAUGCCCCUUCAGCAUGAGGAGGAAGACGAGGAGGAAGAGGGAUUCUACCAAGACCUCGAUGAUAUGCUGGAGUCCAUCACUAAGAGAAUGGUGAAGAGUGAGCUAGAAGACUUUGAACUGGAUAAAUCUUCAGAUUUCUCUCAGACUACUGAUACUGGCAUAAAAAAUAACUUAUGUACUCUUCUUGUAAUGGGAGUUUGUGAGAUUUUAAUAGAAUAUAAUUUUUCCAUGAGUAAUUUCAGUAAGAAUAAGUUUGAGGACAUUCUAAGCUUGUUUAUGUGUUACAAGCAGCUCUCUGAUAUCCUUAAAGAAAAAGCUAGUAAAGGCAAAACUAAAAUUGCUACCAAAACAAAUGAUAGUCUUUUGUCUAUGAAAUUUGUGGCUGAUCUUCUCACUGCUCUUUUCAGGGAUAGUACCCAAAGCCAUGAAGAGAGCCUGUCUGUUCUGAGGUCCAGCAAUGAAUUCAUGCGUUACGCGGUGAGCGUGGCUCUGCAGAAGGUCCAGCAACUUAAAGAAACGGGGCACGUGAGUGGCCCCGAUGGCCUGAACCCAGACAAAGUCUUUCAGAGUCUCUGUGACGUGACACGAGUCUUGCUGUGGAGAUACACGUCAAUUCCUACUUCAGUGGAGGAAUCGGGGAAAAAGGAAAAAGGAAAGAGCAUCUCGCUGCUGUGCUUGGAGGGUUUGCAGAAGAUCCUGGAGGUCGUGCAGCAGUUCUAUCAGCCCCGGAUUCAACAGUUCCUCAGGGCUCUGGACAUCCCAGAUGACGAGGGAGAAGAGGCUGAGGUUGCGGUCACUCAGCGAGCGGCCUUCCAGAUCCGCCAGUUCCAGAGGUCCUUGCUAAAUUUACUUAGCAGCCAAGAAGAAGACUUCAAUAGCAGAGAAGCCCUCCUCCUGGUCAAUGUUCUCUCCAGCUUGUCCAGACUCCUGGAGCCCUCGUCCCCUCAGUUUUUACAGAUGUUAUCCUGGACAUCAAAGAUUUGCAAGGAAAACAGCUUGGAGGAUGCUGCAUUUUGUAAGGGCUUGAUGAACUUGCUCUUCAGCCUCCACGUUUUGUAUAAAAGUCCUGUCUCCCUACUGCGGGACUUGUCCCAGGACAUCCACGGGCAGCUUGGAGACAUAGACCAGGACGUAGAAGUGGAGAAAACAGAUCACUUUGCAAUGGUGAAUUUGAGGACAGCAGCCCCCACUGUCUGUCUGCUCGUUCUGAGUCAGGCUGAGAAGGUCCUGGAGGAAGUAGACUGGCUAAUCACCAAGAUUAAGGGACAAGUGAGGCAAGAAAUCGUAUCAGAAGAUGCCUCGUCUCAGGCAACCUCAUCAAGUCAGUCCAUUGAGAAAGCCAUCAUCAUUCAGCUGGGAACUCUGCUUACGUUUUUCCACGAGCUGGUGCAGACGGCGCUGCCAUCCGGCAGCUGUGUGGACACCUUGCUGAAGGGCCUGUGCAGAAUGUACACCACACUUACGGCACUUGUCAAGUAUUAUCUCCAGGUGUGUUGCAGCUCCAGAGGAAUUCCAAAAAAUAUGGAAAAGCUGGUGAAGCUUUCUGGUUCCCAUCUGACGCCCCUGUGCUAUUCUUUCAUUUCUUACAUACAGAACAAGAAGAGUACGAGCCUGAAAUCUGCAGGAGAGAAGAAAAAGGAGAAAACUGGUGCUGUUGCUACAGCCAUGGCCAGAGUCCUUCGGGAAACCAAGCCAAUCCCUAACCUUAUCUUUGCCAUUGAACAAUAUGAAAAAUUCCUCAUCCACCUUUCUAAGAAGUCCAAGGUGAACCUGAUGCAGCACAUGAAGCUCAGCACCUCGCGGGACUUCAAGAUCAAAGGGAGCAUCCUGAACAUGGUUCUCCAAGAGAAGGAAGAGGAGGGGGACGAGAACGAAGAGGGUAUUGCAUCAGAGCACGGGGAACAGAAUGAAGAACCAGCCAAGAAAAGAAGGAAGAAAGGAAAUGCCUGA